AGGCCUGCUGACCACAAGCUAUUAUUAACAUGAGCAGCGUAUGAAGGUACUGCUUGCAUGCCGGCUGUCUCCCUCCAUGCAAGGACUUUGAUCCGUGUGUGAGGGAUUGCUGAUCUGUAACUAACUGUAUUGCGGUCUGCUCGCAUCAGCAACGCGCGUCUGAUAUCAAAUAUAUUACAUCUUAGCUGCUCGAAUCGCGCACCUGCUACCUGCCCGUUUGCCCCGUCUGUUUUUAGCGCGCUGUCUUAUUACCUGCGCCGUUCAAUCGUUUUCUUUCCAAGCAAUGCAUUUAUUUAUAGGGCAGUUGCUCUAAUCGCAUCCGCUGCCUGUUGUCUCGUUUUUAACCAGCGGCUAAAUCGCUGCGCUCUGGCCGAGCGUUGGUGCCUCGUCGACGGCGACGGGAUCUGCCAGGGCGAGUCUCUGCUUCGUUCUUCCCAAUUCUGAAGAGGGGGAAGACAAACACAAACCCAAAAUAAAACACUGUACACAACCAGCAGUUUGCACCCGGGCUGUUUAUCUGGGGUUUGAGGAUAGAGAGAGAGAGACCUUGCCAACAUGAAGCCUGCUCCUCGGUUCUGGUCCACUCUUGGCUUUAGGUGUCUGGUGCUGUUGGCCACCUUGCUGUUCCACGUCCAGCGCUCCGAAGCCAGCGAGGGGGAGAUCUCUCCAGCCAAGCCCGCCGGCAAUGAGACUUGCUCCAGCAAAAAAAGUGGCUGCAUGGACGGGGUGGUCCUGCCGGUGUGGAACCCCCUAAACCCUUCCGUGGGCGACAAAGUGGCCCGGGCCAUAGUUUACUUUGUGGCUCUGAUCUACAUGUUCCUGGGCAUGUCCAUCAUCGCCGACCGGUUUAUGUCGUCCAUCGAAGUCAUCACCUCUCAGGAGAAGGAGAUCACCAUCAAAAAACCCAACGGGGAGACCAGCACCACCACCGUCCGGAUCUGGAACGAGACGGUCUCCAACCUGACCCUCAUGGCCCUGGGAUCGUCCGCCCCGGAGAUCUUGCUGUCAGUGAUCGAGGUGUGCGGCCACGGGUUCAACGCCGGCGACAUGGGCCCCAGCACCAUUGUGGGCAGCGCCGCCUUCAACAUGUUUGUGAUCAUCGCCAUCUGCGUCUACGUCGUCCCGGACGGCGAAACCAGGAAGAUCAAGCACCUGAGGGUGUUCUUCGUGACGGCCGCCUGGAGCAUCUUCGCCUACAUCUGGCUCUACCUGAUCCUCUCUGUCAUCUCCCCGGGAAUCGUUGAUCUCUGGGAAGCGGUCCUCACCUUCCUCUUCUUCCCGCUGUGCGUCGUCCAGGCCUGGAUCGCGGACCGCCGCUUGUUCUUCUACAAGUACGUCCAGAAGCGGUACCGGGCGGACAAGCACCACGGGAUCAUCAUCGAGACGGAAGGGGAUGGUCCCUUCACCAAAAUGGACAUCGAGAUGGACGGGCAGGUGGUCAACUCUCACAAGGAGGCCCUGGACGGGAUGCUGAGCCUGGCAGAGGAGAACCGUCAGGGGCAAGAGGACGAGGCUCGGAGGGACAUGGCCAAAACCUUGAAAGAGCUCAAGCAGAAGCACCCUGAUAAGGACACGGAGCAGCUCAUCGAAAUGGCCAACUACCACGUCCUGGUGCAGCAGCAGAAGAGCAGAGCCUUCUACAGGAUCCAGGCCACCAGGAUGAUGAUCGGCGCGGGGAACAUCUUGAAAAAGCACGCCGCCGACCAGGCCAGGAAGGUGGUGAGCUGCCACGAGGCCCGCUCGGAGGAUGAGGACGACGCCACCAUCAAGGUCUUCUUCGAGCCUUCCCACUACCAGUGCUUCGAGAACUGCGGCUCUCUGGUGCUGGCCGUGGCCAGGAGGGGCGGGGAUCCCGGCUGCACCGUGAAGGUGGACUUCAGAACCGAGGACGGCACGGCCAACGCUGGCUCCGACUACGAGUUCGCCGAGGGCACGCUGGUCUUCAAAGCCGGCGAGACGCGCAAGGAGUUCACAGUGGGCAUCAUCGACGAUGACAUUUUUGAGGAGGACGAGUACUUCUAUGUGCACCUCAGCAACGUCAGGGUGACCAGGCCCGAGGCCGGCGGGGACCCGGGUUCGACCCCUCUUCCUAAAGCCUGCCUGGGCGCCAACCACACGGCCACCGUGACCAUCUUUGACGACGACCAUGCCGGGAUUUUCACCUUCGAGAACGACGCCACCCGGGUGAGCGAGAGCAUCGGGAUUAUGCAGGUGAAGGUCCAGAGGACCUCCGGAGCCAGGGGGACUGUCAUCGUGCCGUACAGGGCCGUCGAAGGGACCGCCAAGAGCGGGGACGAUUACGAGGAGUGCGAGGGCAAGCUGGAGUUUCAGAACGACGAGACCAUGAAGAUCAUUGAGGUGAAGAUUAUUGACGACGAGGAGUAUGAGAAGAACAAGACCUUCACCAUCGUGCUGGGGGAGCCAGUGCUGGUGGAGAUGGGGCAGAAACACGGAGACUCCAAUGAGAACAAGCCUUUCUACUCUGAAGGCGACGAUGAACAGAUCGCCAAGAUGGGCUGCCCUAGUCUGGGUGAAAACACCAGGCUUGAGGUCGUCAUUGAGGAGUCCUACGAGUUUAAGAGUACCGUGGACAAGCUGAUCAAGAAGACUAACCUGGCCCUCGUGGUGGGGAGCAGCAGCUGGAGGGAGCAGUUUGUUAACGCUGUUACCGUGAGCGCAGGUGACGACGAUGAAGAGGAGAGCGGGGAGGAGCGGCUACCGUCCUGCUUCGAUUACAUCAUGCACUUCCUCACGGUCUUCUGGAAGGUCCUGUUUGCCUUCGUGCCCCCCACGGAGUACUGGAACGGCUGGGCCUGCUUCAUCGUUUCCAUCUCUCUCAUCGGAGUGCUGACCGCCGUCACCGGAGACCUGGCUUCCCACUUCGGCUGCACUGUGGGGCUCAAGGACUCAGUGACCGCCGUGGUGUUCGUGGCUCUGGGGACCUCAGUGCCAGAUACGUUCGCCAGCAAGGUAGCUGCAAUUCAGGACCGAUACGCGGACGCCUCCAUCGGCAACGUGACGGGCAGCAACGCGGUCAACGUGUUCCUGGGAAUCGGGGUGGCUUGGACUAUCGCCGCCGUCUACUGGAAGAGCAAGGGGCAUCCCUUCAGGGUGAACCCGGGCAACCUGGCCUUCUCCGUCACCAUCUUCACCAUCUUUGCCUUCUUCAGCGUGGCAUUCCUCAUGUACCGACGGAGGGCACCUAUCAACGGCGAGCUGGGCGGGCCCAGGACUGCCAAGGUCUUGACCACCAUGUUUUUUAUCUGCCUGUGGCUCAUGUACAUCCUGCUGUCUUCUCUGGAGGCUUACUGUCACAUCCCGGGAUUCUGAUCUUCUUCUCCCGUGGUUUUUUUUUUCUCCUUUCUGCCUGUCUCCUGUUCGUUUUUGACCAUCUCCACCUCUCCAUGGACAAAAAUCAUUGACUGUCUUGUUUCGCCGUGGCUUGGGUUGACCGCGCACAAAAACACACGCACUCAACGGUGGCGAGCUAAAGGUAAUAGACUGAACAAGGAAGAACCAAGUUGGUCCUUUUUACUAUAGGUGUGUGUUUAUCUUUACACCGGACCCGUGACACAGCAGGGAUGGACUGGAUAACGUAGUUGUGUGUCUGUGAAAAUCCUGGAUGAUCGAACAAGUAAAAAAAUAUUAUUUUUCCCUCCUCUUGUUUUGCUUUUCUCGUUCUGGGAGACGAGAUGUUUUUCAGUAUUUAUUUGUCGUUUCUCGAGUUGGAUUCCAUGGAAACUGGGAAUAUGUAGGCGUGUUUUUCACUCGUUCGUUCGUUCGUCCACCAUAGAGAAGGAUUGCUGCUAUGUCCGACGUGGGCAACAACUAGGUACAGUGCUGUGUCGGGUGAUACCUUUGUGAACUGAAGAUUGUCUUUCUCCUCUUCUUCCAAACUGAUCAGCUGGCUGUCAACGGCAUCAAAUCUAAAGGACGUUUUAAAGCAAUGCACUAGAUUUCAAACUUUUGUUGACUUGCAUGUUCACGGUAUCCCUUUGUGUGACUCCAGAUCUGUACCAGUAUCCUGUGCUCCUUCUAUCACUGUCCUGUGAGAAUCUGGACAAAACACAAGAUGGAUCGAGGUUCUGUGCACUAAGGCCAGGAUGUAAGGCUGGUUUUCAAACAGUGGUGGAAUGGCGAGGAAUCCAUUGCUGACACAGCCCAGGGUUUCAAUUAGACUCUGCAUGAAUUCACAACACUUGUUGUCUUCUGUUGAUGGUCAUUGGUGAAGGGCAAAGGGGCGGGGUAUGGGUCUAACCAAUUGGGAUCCACCAUUAUUUCCUGGACGCGCCCGGUGAAUUUUUUUUUAAUACCAAUUCUUAAUGUAAGAAAUCAACCAAUCACAGUUGCCAAAAUGCAUAUCCUUGUACAGAACCUGCGCACGGAACAGAGCGUUAUUUUAGAUUAAGCUAUUGUAAGUGACUCUGCAGCAGCAGCUGGUGAUUCACCUCCUAGUCUCUGUGCGUCUGCUCAAUGACUAAUUAAUAAUAAUAAUAAUAAUAAUAAUAAUAAUAAUAAUAAUAAUAAUAUAAUAUGUGCUGUGCGUAGGACGUCUGUUCUUGUAAUCUUUCUCAGCUUUGAGCAGCUUCUUCGUUCUCUCUCGUUCCAAACUGCAUAGCCUUGUGCAAUAAAAGACACCCUACACACAGCAUACUGCAGCAUUGUUCACUGUGGGAUUCACAUUAUACAGUAGUCAGAUAAUGCAACUGAAAUGUGCAAAUUAGGUCAUUUUCCCUUUUAGAGCUAAUUCUGAUUCAGGACUAGGUUUAUGUAAUGUAUAUAAACACAGUGAAAUCUGCUUAUAAUUGGCAUAAAGAUUGGGGUAUAUAUAUAUAUAUAUUAUAUAUAUUAUAUAUAUAUAUAUGCCAGCCCUGCCUUUCUGCUGCAUUCUGCUCUGUCAGCUCAAAGCAUGUUCAAUCCGCGGGAAGGGCCAUUAAAUUGUGUGUGGGCGGUUUGAUUUUCUCUGCCUCUUCCUUUUAAAUCUGUCAAAAGCUGGCACUGGGACGUUCUCCAAGCCUCUGCUGUCCUGCCCCCGAUUUUCCCCUCUUUACAGAGCUGCGGAUGGAGGUGUUCGCACCACGGGUCUUGCAGGACAGACACGGAUUUAAGUUUGCAAACCGGGAACUGUUGAGACCAGCGGCGCAGCUUGUCUGGCACCAAUGCUUCAUGUCGUUCCAAACUGCCAUGGUAACCACGGGAAGGCAGCCAAUAGGAGCUGCUUUUGCAUCUCUCCCCUCCCUUUAUCUCCGGGAUGAUUCAAUUGGCUCGCAGAUGCUAAUAGUGGUUUGCCAUGAUAUAUAUAUAUAGUAUAUACAGGGGUAACCCCAGUAAAAGAACAGGAAUGCAAGGUGAGUCAUGCAAGCGUGGUUUGAAUCCUGUCUGCGCCAAGCUGUGGUUCUUGGCAGGGAAUGGAGGUGCUGCAUUGGCUUUUGGGGUCUGGGGAGAAAAGUGGCCUGGGAAUAUGUUUUAGCGACCCCUGCUGGUCAGACAGAGACGUCGCAGGCUGUGCCCUGGGUUUCAGUGUUCAAUACCAUGAGUUACGUCCGUUGACCUUCAGUCUUCCUGACAGGCAAGUGGAUCACAUAUUGGGCAGAAAGACUGUCUGUAAAUAGACAAAUCCAAAAAUAAAUUGCCACGAUUAUCAAUUGAAAUCAGGCGUUUAGUUUCUGGUCACCCCCAUACAUUACAUGAUCUGUCAAUCCCCGUUUUUUUUAAAGUUUCAGAACUUCUCAGCUUGCUUUGAACAACUGAGUCUAUCUUCUGCCAGAGGACUCCAAACCUUCUCUUUGGCACGCUGGGCUCUGCAUAGGCUUGCCGCACUUGUCUUCACUGUAACCUGUCAAGCAGAGGCAAUUCUUAACAUUUACUCUCACUGAAUUGGAAAGAACAUCCCUCUCUUGGUUUUUCCUUCGCUGCCAGUGACUAGUACUUCUGUAUAAGCUGUGCAUUUUAAUAAUUUCCUCCAGAAUGACAAGCAUGGCGCACGUUCAAGCCAAGAAUUUGCUCAUUUGCAGAUGAUUCUUUUUUAAGGGCGUGCCCAAUUCUUUUACCUCCGAUUUGCUCCCCAGUUUGUCCCCUCAUCGCAGCAGUUCCCCCACGCAGCGACGGUCCAGCGGGAGCACCCAGGAGCCCCAGAGCGGAUGU